AGUCUGGGACGCCAGACACAACUCUUCUGAGAGCGGCAGCAGCGGAACGCGUGGAGAGAGAGGCGUGGUGGGGACGUGGAAUAUUGUCGCCUACUCCAUGAGUCAUAUAAUAGCCUUGCUUAGCAGUCACAUACAUACUCUCUGGUCUCAUAUCGUUUGCUCCUGUUAUCUUUGCCCUAGACAACUAUGACUUGAUAACACAUUUUCGUGAAAAUAUUACAUUUGCAUCAAUACAUGUUGAUUUACAAGAAAUGUAAUAUGUUGUGUUUAUUAUUUGCAUUUAAUUAUUGUCCGGUGUUGUGAUUAGAAAUACGUAUUAUGAAGUUGGUAAAAGUAGCAUAAAACGUCUACAAAAUCUACAAUUUGCUGUACAUUUUGCAUGUCCAUGGCAUAUGACAGCUAAUAAAGUGUUUGCCUUAAAUACUGUCAUUCCCUUUUUAUUACACUUACUCACUGCAUAUUUUCAUAGCUGAUCUCAUUAAUGUUAUCUGCCCACAGUGUAUUUUUCUUCAUAUUCCUUAGGCUAGGACUAGGCCACGUUUAUAUGGAUACAGUUAUUGUAUUUCAAGGAAAAUCUUAAUAAAGAAAAUGCAUUGUCAUUAUUCUAAAAAUACUUAUUAUUAUUUCUUAUUAGUAUACCGAGCCUCAGUAUUAUUAGGCCUAUUCAUGAUAAUGGGUAUGGCUCUGAGUAUGAUUAGGAUUCCUUAUAUUAUUAUUACUAGGCCUAUUGUUGUUAUUAUUAUUUGUAGGCCUAUUGUUGUUAUUGUUAUGCUAUUAUUAGGCUAAUGGGCUUUUGUGGAUCAUGGAUGGGGUCUUGGGGGGUAGUUUGGACGCUCGUCCUUGCAGGAUUGCUUUUGAUUAAAAGAGAAUUGUUCUCUCGUGGCUUUACAUCGAUAAACAUAAUUUAAGAUAUUGUUUUAGAUUUAGCCUCAUUACACUCCGAUUGUAUAUAGCCUUAUGCCUAUAAACAUAAGGUCGGUGAUACAUUUUUCUUGUUUUCCCAGGUGCAUUGAGGCGUGUUUUUAAGGUCAAUAUUAUUUUCAUACAUGAAAUAGGCCUCUGUGUUUGCAAAGAGGUAAAGAGGCGGAAAAGAGAGGGGAUCUGAACUGGUUUUCCAUGUCAAACACUUCAAUUCUCCAUAGAAACUCUGAUCUUAACGCGGAAACUUUAUUAAACCCUGAUGGUGGAUUGAUAAGACCGAAUUUCUCUCGGAUCUUUUUAUUGUGGAGACCGGGGAGAGAUGACAGAGGCAAAUUGCUCUUUUAAUUAAAGCAAUGCACCAGAGGAAAUUGCUGUCUGAAUAUUGUCUCCGAGAUGGGGUUUGUGACAGUUGCCUGGAAACUUCAAUCUGUCCCACAUUUAUUCCAGAUCACAGUUAUGAGAUAAAGUUUAAUAAAAAUCUUUGCCCGAAUGAAAUCCAACCCUUUCUUGAACAACAGCUACAAUGAGACAGAACUGCGGAGGAAACCUUAUGUUUAACAUGUAUCUCUCAGAUCCAACAGAAAAUCUGUUGAAAGAAAGCAAAGGUGCAUCCUGGAGUCCCAUAAACACAGGAGUGCAAAAAGGCAGUGGACAGAUUCAGCUAUGGCAGUUUCUCCUCGAACUCCUGUCAGACAGCGCCAACAUGUCCUGCAUCGCCUGGGAAGGGACGAAUGGAGAAUUCAAGCUAAUUGAACCAGAUGAGGUGGCCCGGAGAUGGGGCGAGCGCAAAAGCAAGCCCAACAUGAACUACGACAAACUCAGCCGCGCAUUGCGGUACUACUAUGACAAAAACAUCAUGACAAAGGUCCAUGGGAAGCGAUAUGCUUACAAGUUCGACUUUCACGGGUUGGCUCAGGUUUGUCAACCCUCAUCAACAGAGCAAGCUCUUUAUAAAUUCCAGAGUAAUUUUGCCCCCAUUCCCUUUUCGGGGAUUUCAAAGCUAAACCUGGUUGGUCCAGGCGUCGGUUCGUCUGGAUUCUCUUAUUGGCCGGGGUCGCCACCGACUCUCUACCACAGUCACAACCUCCAACCCCCGGGACCGUUUGGUUCUGUGUCUGCCUCGCACAUCAGCUGCGUCAACAACAUCAACAACCUGAAUAAUAUCAAUAACCACUACAAUUGACUCCUAUUAACUCUACCAAUAACGUUGUUAAAAAAGGCUUAAUCAUAAUUCACAAUGGUAGCUGAAGGCGCGCGCCUUUUUAAAUUAGGUCUCUGAAUUAUGAUUUUUCCUCUUGUGGACCAACAUUUUUUUUAAAUCCUCAAUAAAUGGGUCUAUGGGAAAAUCACGAAUCAUUUAUGGAAAGUUUAAAAUUUAAACACAUGCUUUUUUUUUUUUUUUUUUUAAAGAUAUGAAGCCUAUUUCAAACAAAAUCUAGAUUAAGAACCAUUGUCUUGCCUAUUUUUCUCUCGUUGAUAAGACAUUACGAAAAAGUUCUCGAACGUUGCAGAUAUAAAUACUACAAAUAGACCAGACGUAAUUUCCUUAUUCUACAUGUCAGAGAUGCAUGUUUUCGCUACCCGGACGUUGCAAAACGAUGCGUCCUGCUGAACGCAUUCCUGGUGUCUGCAAGAGAUUGUCUGGCUUCUAGCGCCUCCAGGUGGCUAUUAAUUCGGCAUAUAAAUACUGAUUUGAUCUCAAAUAAGCUUGCAGUGUACUUUUCAAUGUAGAGAUAUUACUGCGACUCUAAAAACAUUAUGGAGAUACAGAUAUAUCGUCACUUUAAAUAGCCUUCGUUAUGUAGAUGUAGCUUACACAGGCAGUUUACAAUGCAGUGCAGGUGUCUACUAGAUUACGACAACAAAAGGGGUUGCCUUUUCGUUUUCAUACGUUUUCUUUAUAGACUAUUUUUACAUUUGACACACAGAUUCGACAUUUUUAUGCACGGAAAAAAAUACAUAGAUUGUUCGAUUAACACUUAAAACCUCUUAGAAAUGAUCUUUGAAAUUGUAGGCUAAUUUUUCCGAAAAGCUAUAUCCACCAAUUUUUCACAUUUGUGUUUUUCAUCGGAAAUGAUUGCUUAUAGGUACCUUAAUUUAUGUGUAAAAUAGUACUGUUCUCAGAUUUUCUUGUGUAUGAUUAUUAUACUUUUUUUUGCAAAAUGUUAUACAUCCAUUGUUUAGCUGGAAUGGAAUGUUCAUAUCCUGUCAAAUGGAAAAUGUAGGCUAAUUGUUUUAGAUACAGAUCUCAUAUUACUGUAUGAAAAAAAGUUGAUUUAAAAAAUAUGUAUGUUGUGCCCUAAAUGUAUAAUUUGUACAUUUAUUUAUACACAUUUUUGUUACUUGUUACAUUUGACUCUGUAAAACCUAGCAGUACUACCUAUUUCCCUGAGAGUGAGGCGCAUAUGUAGCAUUUUGAAAAACACGUAAUUAUUUGUCUCUGAAAUGAAACCAUCAAGUGAUAGAUUUUAAACAAAUACAUAUCUGUCAUUGAACAACCCCAUGCCAUGAUUAGAUAUAGUGGGGAAAAAACCCACUAACCUCUUUCAUAAUUUGUUUAAACAAUAAAAGCUAAUUUACCAACAUUUCUGAAAAUGGGUAGGUCUAUAUAACGUUUUGGAAUUAAACUCUUCACGUGUACCUAUUCCAUUACAUCUUAUUCGUUCUCUUGUUGUUAGCCUACUGUAGCCUAUAAAAUGAACAUGUUAUUGAAUAAAUCGAGUGUCAUUUGUA